AUGUCAUCGUCUUCAGAUGAAGAGCUGGUGCUGCAUCGGAAUCCGGCAACAUCGUCAGUUGUUGGUGAACGACGCAGCUCGAGACGUGCGGUACUGUCUCGAAAAAAAGAGACUCAACAUAAAGCUCUAGAGGAAGUGAAGCGCACACGUGCCAGUGGAAAUGUUCAUCGUGUUGAUGUAGAAACGUUGAUACAACCAGUUUAUGAAGAGGUGAAUGAAGAUGAAUACAUGAGUAUUGUUCGUGAACGACAAAAAGACGACUUCGUUGUGGAUGAUGAUGGUUCCGGUUAUGUGGAUCACGGUGUUGAUAUAUUUGACGACGAGGAUGAAGAGGACAUAGAGGGGGGUGUUGAAGGGCCAGUGAAACGGAAAAAAGAAAAAAGAGAAAAGCCGAAAAAAGGACGUCUGGAUGCAUUCCUAUCGACUAUAGCACCAAAGAAAACCAAAGACGAAAGUUCGGUUUCAAUUGCAAACGAUCCAGAUGUAGAGGCGAUGCUGAACGAAUGUAAUUUCGACGCUCCAUCGCAAGAAGUGGAUUUGGGAGAGGAAUAUAACGAUAGAUAUAUGAAACCUCCAUUAGAUCCACAUAUAAGAAUGACGCAGCCGAUAAAACAAAAAGCAUGCAUGGUACUUUAA